UAAAACUCAAGUCCCGCAGAAGGCGCAAAGCAAAAGUGUGAGCAGUGGCACAGUAUUCCUCCAGCAUGGCUCCGCUCCGGAUACUGUGUAGUACUCGCAUCGAAUUCGAUCCCCGACCGAGCUUAUCAAAGGAUCGUUAUCACCUCGGAGCAAAUAUACUUUCUCCUGGUCUGCUCCGGUUUCAAGCCGCCAGGCAAUCCGACAGGGUGAUAAGCAAUACUGCAGAAUGCCCCUAUUAUUGGCAGAUCCGUCUGUGAAGGUGUUAGUUAUCAGUCAACUAAGCCCCAUGAUCCGUUUGGUCCGGGGUUGUCGUUCGGAUAAACCGUGGACGGCAAGCAAUUGCUUAGGUAUUCUGUCUGUUCUUCUGAUCGCCGUUGCAGCUAGCAAGGGUCGGGGAAUCUUCCAAUUACAUUGUCAGUGUUACGGUGUUAUCGACAAGGUGCGGGAAAAGCAAAAAUAAAAAAGCAAUCUGGCUGUGACGUAUCUUCACGGUGGUUCAGCAGGAUAGCAAGACAGUAUGUAGUUCAGAGUUGGUGCUGCAAUGAUGAGGAUAUGGUAUGUAGUGAAUCGCAGGCAGGAGUUGAGAGUUGACUCUCUAGUAACUCUCUUCUACAAAAGGGCUCUCGUGACCACCCCGUGCCUGCCUAAUCGGGGUGCGUCCAGAUCGCGUCACCCCGAUGAUGUCAUUUCUGGCCUGGCUGGCGUCUUGAAGGAAUUGUUCUUGAUGGCAAUGAGAAGAAAUACUUCACGUAGGAGUUGUGGUACUGGAAUUGUUGGUGUCAGUCGCACAAAUCAAUGUUGUGGCUACUGCGCGUCGACAAAUGGGUCCAGCUACAAAUACAAUCCAGGCGGGGGGUAUAUCACAAACAUGUGACGGAGCCUGGCUGCAGUGUGCACUGCGGACCUCCUGAUCCGCUUGUUCUUGUAUCAUGGUCGGUGAGGAACAAGUCUUCCCACAAUAGUUUCUUGUAUAAAAAUUCUAGCGAUGUAAGAGGACUGGCUGCAGAAUAAGGCGGAUGCAAUAAUGGCAUGUGAGAAGGCGAUGUGUGGAGCAAUUGCACGAUAAGAUGAUCGUGCAAAACGAUAUCACUAGUUGAUCCUCAGGUGCAGCAAUUGGUCCUGUUGCUUGUACUGAAGAUUCCGUUCUUGCUUUCGCUCUGGUUUCUUCUAGCUACUACUGGUUAGUACUACAUUACCCUA